CGACAGGAUGUUUGGAUUAGGAAAGUUGCUAUAUAUAAUAAUACUCAGUGUUAAUGGGAUAGCUGUGUUGAGCGAGGAUCGCUUUCUCAAUAGAAUUGGAUGGAGCACCCAGAACAAUGGGCCCAGUGGAGAACAGUACCAACAGUUUAUGACUGGAGUCAAUCAAAACGAUAAUCAAACGAUAAAAACCCGAUUAAUUAAUUUAAUUGGAGCAAUAAGAACCUUGUUGAGAGUGCCGUUAAUUGCCAUUAACGUGAUUAUCAUUUUAUAUGAACUCAUUUUAGGUUAAAACAGCAUAUAUAGUAUCUUUUUUUGUACAUUAGAAUAU